AUGGCGUCAAUGGCAUGGACCACAGCACAGGAGCAAGCAGCCGCUGUUACAGAACUUGCUGUGGAAUUACAGCGUCAUAUCUCACAACCCCCUGAUCCUGGAGCUUUUAUAUCGAGCAACGAUAUCCUUGCCAUAUUGGACAAACACCUUGAUAAUUUGCCUCUACUCAAAACCAACAUUACGGCUUUGACUCGUCGUCAGCUUGACUCGGAAGGGACUCGGCUAUGGAAUAUAUCCACGAAGUUGAUGGCAACUCGUGGCGAAGGAAAUGAGUCGGUAUGGUUGGCUAAGGCAAAGGCUUUGGCUUUCGCAAUGAUGGACUGUGUUGCUCCUAGCCAUGGCCUAGGGAACCGAAGAGCCCUCAAUGUGGCCCUCAAGACAGCGAGAGCUUGCAUAGAGAACGAACAACUUGGGUUAAGCCUGAAGAUACUUGGGAUGGCAGCCGCGAGACUGGAGACACUGGAUAAAUCAAGCCUUGAUACUGAUAAGACACACUUACAAUCGGCCACUACCGAGUAUUAUAUGCUUCGGAUUUACUUGUCCUGGCUUCAAGAGAGACCUGAUAUUGCAGAGCAUCUAUUUUCCAAAGUCCCAAACGUGAGCUACGAGACAGAUCAAUUAAUAGUCUUGGAUAUAUGCUAUACUGUUGGAAGAUCAGCGCUUUUGAUCAACCAGUAUGAUCUGGCGGUCAAAUGGCUGGAUAGGGCAUUGAAGUCAACAGCCUCAACAACCCAGCAACCUGGCGUUGAUGUGAAAGAUACAAGAUUGCUUGUCUUUCACGCAUUUGUUCGAGCAAAUCUGCGCAUUAAGACGGCGGAGGCAAAAGAACGGCUUUUCAACGCACUGGAAUCACUGAAGACUGACUAUGGGAGUGUGUUCGCUGUUCUUGUGGUUCACCUCGAGGCUUUCAGCAGAGAAGAGAAGCCAGACUGUAAAGAAUAUUGGGAAGUUAUCAUAUUGACUAUUAGGGCAAUGGAAUUCACGGAUACAAAUUUGAAAAUAGUAUUCUAUUACAUCCAAAAGCUCAAAUAUUGGAGUGUAGAACUUUCUGUGAAAGCACUUCAGGCACUUUUGCAUGGGCUCGCCCCCUCUGUCAAUGGAUUCUGGGUCGAGAAAGGCUUUGUCGCCCUUAUAUGGGUAUUGAUGACCUCAGACACAUGCAGCCAGAAAUCCUUGGAUCUCAUCAAAGAAGCGGUGCAAAGACUGGACGAACAUGAAAAUGGACCGCUGAGUGAAAAAGCCACUAAUGCCGUACUUAUUCUUGUUUGGAAAACAAUCGACAGCGAAUUAUUCAAAAACCAUAUAUCCAAUGCUGAGCAAUGGUGUUGCUUUAUGCUCGAACAAUCAAUAUUUCAAAACUGUUCUUCAGACAAUAAAGCCAAGCUUCAGAGGAAACUCAUGGCUUGUGCAUUGGAAAAUUCGAAUACUCCUUUAGCUCGAAAUACACUAGGGCUAAUGUCUGAACAAUUGAGAUCCAACCCCUCAACGCUAUACUUGAUGUAUAAGCUGGCUGUGCUAGAAGGAAACUUUGAAUUAAGGAAAUCCUGCCAUGAAUCAUUGCAUCAUCUAGGCGCAACUGGGACCACAUACCUUCUAUCAUGUGCAGCAGAGUCUCGACGCUUGGGGAAACCUCAAGAGACAAUCAGAAUUCUCCAACAAAUCAUUGCUUCCCUAAAUGAUGAACGACCUGAUGGAGUUUAUAUACCAGCUUUGCUUCAAUCUGCGAUAUGUCUUUUGCUCGAGGAACUGGAGAUUCGCAAAACGGAUGUAAGGGGCUUAUUAGAACAGAUUUGUGGUGUUUUUGACGUUGCCCUAAAAGAAGCAAGCAGACAAAGUUCGUCAAAGGAGAGUAGUGCUGGAUUUUUGGCGGUUGAGCUCGAAUGGUUCUUUCAUCGUAGCUACAAUACAGCUCUGCAUUUGCUCCAGUCUUCCUCAUUUGAGCUAGUCAUAUCGUUACUGGAUUUAUCGACCAAGUUUACAGAUCUAUACAAGCAGAUUCUCAGCCCAGAUGAACAGUCCAAUCUAUCGCGGCAUUAUCUCACCUGUGACUUUCUCAAAGUCAUCAAAAUCAUCAGUGAAGCGCGCCAUAAAACCGACUCUACUGAGAAGAAAAACUACUAUCAUAAAAUUCGCCACUCUAUCCAGCACUUCCGAACACACAUUCAACCCGAGCUACAGAAAUACAGCACAGCAACCGAAUGCCAUGAAUGGCUAGACAGAUACCGAACCAUGCUCUCAUUUGACUUUGAAGCCGCCGUCUAUCUGAAACAAUGGGACUAUCUACCCUCUCUCGUCGAAGAAUCGAAACCACUUGUAGACGACAAACUUAGUUCCAUGUUCCUGGACUCAAUGCUGUCUUCCCAAGCUCCGGAAAAGGAUAUUAUGCUCGUUGUCAAGACAAUAAUAUGCGCCUUUCACGCUUCAUCCUCGCCUUUCUUAAAUAGGGCUUCCUUCCGAGCCAAUCUCCCCCGGUACCUCCGCUGUCUUUUCCAACUCGCCAUAAGCGCCACAGACACGGCCCUGGCUGAAUCAGUGGUUCAUCAGGUUCUCGCUCUAGCACACCAGGCUAGAACAAAGAGUGGUACCCCUUAUCCGAAUGAAGAGCUCGAGUGGUUGGCAACAAUGGCAUUUAACCGUGCAGUUGACUUUUACCUCGGCUCUGCGGACGGGGAUUUUCGACGGUGGGCUGGGAAAGCCAUUGAGAUGGCUGAUCUGGUACGGGAUCAAGGCAUACUGGGGAGACUGUUGCGACAGAAUUUUGUUAAGUUGUCGGGGGAGGGUGUUUGA